AUGGCGCUCUCAACGCCUACUGUUGCUAUCAUUGGAUUGGGUGCACUCGGCAUUGUCACGUUGAAGAACUUGCUUGAAGAGGGUUUUGAUGUCACUGGUUUCGAGAAGAAUGAUUCCAUUGGAGGGCUUUGGAGAUUUACAGAAGCAAGUCAAACAUCAGCACUAGAAUAUAUUCCCUCGCACCCCUCCGCAGCGCAAGUCCAGCAAUAUCUCGACAAUUAUGCCAAGCACUUCGAGCUUGAGAGCCACUUUCGUCUAAAGACUGAAGUCCUCCGAAUCGAUCGCGUUAAGGAACAGCAGAAAUGGACUCUCACUUUGAGAACAUCUGACGGCAAGGAAGCUCGGGAGACAUUUGACAAAUUAAUCGUUGCUAAUGGUACCAAUAAUAUGCCGAAGAUCCCCACACUCACAGGACAAGAAGAUUUCAAAGGAGAGAUACUGCACUCGAAGGACUUUAAAAGACCAGCCAUGUUCCAAGACAAGAGAGUCGUGGUCGUUGGAAUCGGGAAUACCGCAGCCGACACAGCAACAGCUCUUUGCGGCAUUGCUUCACAAAUACCGAGAAAAAUGCCAAAUGGAAAUAUCCUAGACCAGGGUGUCACAUAUCGAAUGACGAAGAUCCAAUUUUCCAUGGCCAAAUGGGCACCCAGUUUCGCCGAGAACAUCAGCAACAAGUACGUCAAGAAGCGUCAGGAUGAAGCAUUUGAAAUCAAACCUGAAUGGAAACUCGACUCCCCAUCCAUGAUUCAUGCAUUACCCAUCGUGUCCGACAGUCUCAUUGCAGAACUUCAUAGUGGCAGAAUUGAGUCAGUCGCAGGGCUCAGGAAGGUAAAUGGAGAACGGCAAUUGGAGCUCGAAGAUAACUCUGUGAUUGACGUCGACGUCAUUGUCUGGUGCACGGGGUAUAGCUGGCGAUACGAUUUCCUGGGGGAAUACGACCCGACGCUGGAAUCGCACGAAGGCCACAUCCCCACAAUCACCGGCAAAGCAGGACCGCAUCAAAGGGCUAUACCUAGGCUAUACCGCAACGUUUUCUCUAUGGAUCUUCCAGAGAGUCUCGCCUUUGCAGGACUCGCAGCGUUUCAUACUCCCAUCUUUGUGAGUGCUGACUUGGCAUCACAGGCCAUUGCACAAUACUGGAAGAAGCCAGAGUUGAUGCCCUCUAAAGAACAGCGACAAAUGUCCUAUGCAAAGCACAUGGCCUGGGCGAAUAGGAUCCUCGCGCAUGGGAAACUGGAUCCUAGGUUUGUUGAUGCGCAAGUGUGGACCGAAUGGGCUGAGAAAGCGGCUGGCGUCCAUAUAUCCGAUCAUCUUGGUUACGGGUUGACUGGGUGGAAGUUCUGGUAUGAAGACAAGGAAUUCUGUAAGAUGUUGAUGGAUGGAAUAUAUAGUCCUCAUUUUCUGCGACUGUUCCAGAGUGAUAGGAGAAAGGCUUGGGGAGGCGCGCGUGUGGCGAUCGAAAAUGCCAACGAGAGGGUUCGAGAACGAAUCGCGAAGGCUAGCGAGGCUGCCCUAUAA